GUAACAUACACGAUACACGAUACACACUUACAUUACCUUCUCUUCAUUCUUUUCUCUUCUUCUCUAUUCGGUUAAUUCGCACUCUCUCUUUUCUUAUGAUAUGGAUUCACAGAAACGCUAUGCUUCAACCUCUUCUUCUCUUUCUCUUUCUCCUACUUCUUCAUCUUCUUCUUCUUCCUCAUGUCCGUCGGAAGAUCCUGCGGUGAAGACGGAGGAGAUUGAGGCGGCGGAGACUCUUGCUUACCUGGCACGACUAGCAAUGCGCCAUACAGCUCAUUCCGCCGAUAAAUGUUGCACCCAACGAGACACAUGCCGAUUCAUAAGCGAUUCAACUCUUCCAGACUCGGAUCCUCCUACGGUUAGGGGCCAAGCUGUUGCAAGUCAGCAGCUAGAUGAAGAUAUAUCCAGUACUACAUCCGUAAAAACAGAAAGGAUUCAGCAGAAUGACUGCUUAAAAAACAUGAAGGUGGAGCAAGAUGCUGAUUACCCUAAGACUACUCACUCCAAUAAGUCGAGACGGAAUUUAACCGAGGAAGAAAAAGAAGCACGGAGAAUACGAAGGGUAUUGGCAAAUAGAGAGUCGGCUAGGCAGACAAUUCGCCGCAGGCAGGCUCUGAGUGAGGAGUUAAGCAGAAAAGCUGCCACCUUAGCAAUGGAAAAUGAAAACCUAAAGAGGAAAAAGGAGUUGGCUUUGAAAGAGUAUCAGUCUUUAGAGACUACUAAUAAGCUCUUAAAGACACAAAUAGCUAAGUCAAUAAACACUGAAGUAGAGAAAACUCCUGUUGUGCAGGAGUUAUCUAUGUCCGAGGUAUCACCCGCACCUGGUACUAGUCCAUGGUUUCUUUAUAACCAUUUUCCAGUUAGACAGUUAUUUUGGCCCUCCAUCCUUCCGUCAUCUAAUCAAGUUCAAUUACAACAUACACCAUUUAAUUCCAUCGCCAUUCCAUCGCAUGUAUAUGUACCAUGUUCUUCUGAGUCUGAAUCUCUUCACAAACAAAAUAACCUAAUAAAUGACAAUCAAACACAAAAUCCAUUGUACAUGUUUCCAUGUCCUUGGUUAUACCCUCCUCCGGACAUUGCAAGCGGACAACCACCACCUUCCUGUGGCCUAGAAGAUGAACAGGAUAAUCUUCCUCUACGCGAACAAUGUAGUACUACUUUAUCCUUAAAUAGUGUAGGACAUGGGGAUUAUCAUGCAACUCUACCCAUCAAACUGAAAACAGAAGCUUCUGACAAGACAGAAUCCAGAUCUAGUAAUGACCUUGGUCAUGCUACUCCAUGUUUUUCUUCGGAUGGAGGUGAGCAGAAACCAAGAUGGCGCACUAUUGAAAAGUUCCAUGGACCUGCAGUUAAUUGUAAUGGUUAUGCUUCUGUAGUCAAGGAAGAACCCGGGCUUCAAUUACAUUCCACUUCCAUCACCAAGGUAUCUUCAACAGCUUCUCAUAUCACAGCUUUACAGGAAAAGAAACAAGAACAGUUCCUCUGCCCAGGCAAAAAUCUAGUGGAUGCAGUUGCUGCUGCAGAGGCACGAAAGAGGAGAAAGGAACUAACAAAACUAAAAAGCAUUCAAAGCCGACAGUCUCGGAUGGAGUGUUGAUUUUUCAGUGAUAAAAUGUUAAAAAGGAGCGAAUGUUCACAAUUAUCAGCCUUUGCACCUGCUUAUGGUUUGAUAGGGAAGAAGUUUUCCAAAAUUGAGGAGAGUACAAGUUAGCUGAAUCCACCGAGGGACUUGAAUUCCAAAUCAUGUAUAGCAGUGAUGGUGUUAAAGUUUAGUUUUUCUCUAAUCAUCUUGCUUCUUUAUUUUUUAUUUACUUCCUUUUUACUGGGAUUUUUUUUCCCUCCCGGGGAAGUUGGUUUCUUAAAAUAGUUCUGUUGACAGUUAUUUUUAUCCGGAUUCUUCAACUUUCAAGGAUGUAUCUGAGCAGCUUAAUCCCAUAAGUUGGGUGCACAAUCUGUCAUAGGAUAACCUUGUAUAUUUUAUACUUUUUACUGUUACUAGAGAAAUAAGAACCUCGUUCAAUUGAAAUAGAAAUGAAAUAGAAAUUGUUGGUAUUGAA